UUCAGAUAAUAAUGACUUAUUUGAUUAUGAUAAAUUAUUAGAUAUGCCGGAAAAUAAUUCUGGUAAUGAAGAAUAUAUUGAAGAAAAUGAUUAUGAAAAUGAAUGGGAAAUUAAAAUGGAUAAAGAUGAGGAUUUAAACUUUGAAAAUGAAAUAGAUGAUAUUAAUACUUAUCUUAAUCUUGAACGGGUUGAUGAAUUAUAUAAUAUACAAAAAUUAAUUAAUCAUCUUGAAUUUGAAGAUCUAAUACCUACACAAAAUAAUAAUGAAAAAAAUGAAGAAAUAGUACCUAUUCAACCUAUUUCUUCUAUGACAGCAUUAUCAGCUUUAGAUAAUAUUUUAAGUUUUUUGACUAAUCCACCUGAUGGAUUUGCUGUUGAAUUAAAAAAUCUUAUGGAAAUUCGUUCUUUACGAAGUCAAUGCUCUAAAAGUGCGAUAUUUAAAUGUGAAUAUAACUGUGAUGUUCCAAUUUGUAAGUCUCAUAACACUCACAAGAUUUCAUACGUAUUGUCUCACGUUAGUCCGGUUGAUUGA